AUGGCAGGAGUUGUAUCACAUCUUAUAAUGGUUAUUUUUUUCAUAAUGAAUAUAGGCCUAGAUGGGUUUUUGCAGGAUGUAAGUAAAAACUCCACGCAGCCUAGUUCUUUAAUAAUCGGAUGGAGAUUGCAAAGUCACCAUGUGCUUAUCAUUGGCGGUAACAGAAUUGCUGCAAACCGUAUCGAGUUUGUCUUGGACGCUAAGCCUCGAAAGAUAACGCUCAUAACCCCAAAAUCAAAGAUCUCCGAUAAAGUUAAAGAAUAUAUUGGAAAACAUUCCAUUAUACACAAGGAUGGAGAAUUUCAUGUAGACUAUCUGACAAAAACAGAUGACCCCAUCGAUCUUAUUUUCUCCGCUGUUGAUGACGUACAAUUAUCAAAUAAAAUUGCGAUUGCCGCCCGUGAACGAAAAAUUCCUAUAAAUGUUGCAGAAAUACCGCAAUUAUGUGAUUUUUGGCUUAUGCCAACUUAUCGAGAUGGCCACCUUCAAGUUGCGAUUUCGACUAAUGGUACCGGUCCUCAUGUUGCGCGUAAACUUAGGCAACACAUUAUUGAAAAUUUGCCAAACACCACAAAAGACGCUAUUGGCAAUGUAAUACUUCUCAAACAAAAUCUUGGCACUGCAAACAUGUCUGUCCUUACCAAGUUAACUAGUUCGUUAUCCCUCGAUGAACUUGCAAAACUUACACAAAAAGAUAUUAAAAAAUUAACUUCUGAAUAUGCAAGUAUUGAAGUGGAUAAGUCUGAAGUGUCAUCAACGUCCUCUACAAUUAUUGAAGACUUGGCUAUUGUUUUCAAAUCAAAAAUCGUUGAUAAUUACCCUUUGUUCUCUGCCGGUGGUGCUAAAUUUGUUGACAAUAAAACUGCAAUAGCACACGUAGCCUACGCUUUAAGUGAUACUAUUUUUAUUUAUCCAACAACGCAUUCUAAUUAUUCUGGUGAACAGACUUUAUAUUGGUCUACACAGAAUAUGGAAAAUGCUUUUGGAAAAGUGUGCAAUGUUAUUAAAAUGGAUACGCGUUCUGGUGCUUCAUUAGCAAUUUUGGGUGCUGCAUCAUUUGCGUAUUCUGGGAAGCUUGUAGCUUUUGCAUCGUCACAAUCCAUUGUUUCAAUGUUACCGAAUUUAUACACUAUCUCUAAAGAAAGAAUACCAUUAACAAUCCAUGUAUCCGCUCAUGGAUUCAAUGAUAAAAUGCAUAAUAUCGCUAAUUAUUAUGACGCGUUAAUGGCACGUGACACUGGUUUUGGAAUCAUAAACUCUUAUUCCACACAAGAAACGCAUGAUAUCGCAUUAAUUACACAUUUAAUUUCUGCCUCGACAAAAACGCCAUUCUUACAUAUAUUUGAUGGUGUUAAGGCUGCUUGUGGAAAUUCCUUAUUAAACCUCAUUCCUUAUGCCGAAAUGCUUAAAUUAAAUAAAGAAAUAUCAAAUCCAUCAAAUGGUCCACCAUCAGCAAAAACUUUAAUAAUUGUGGAUAAAAUCGAAAGUAUUAUAAAUAGGGUCGGAAAGCUUGUCGGACGUCAAUAUCGUGCAUUUGAAUAUGUUGGAUCUCGUGAUGCCAGCACAUUAUUAGUUUCCUGUGGUGGAGAAACUGCCAUCGUUAAAGAGAUAGUGAAACAUCUUAGUGAUAAUGGUAAAAAAGUUGGAGUUAUCAUCGUCAGACUGUAUCGACCAUGGUCCGAAAAACAUUUUCUAGCAAUGAUACCCAAGACAGUUAAAAAAGUUGCCGUAUUAGAGCAAGUCGCCUUAAAUUCUGAUGGUUCGCAUGAUAUGGGUUUAUCAUUGUUCAAUGACGUUGUGGCUUCAAUGAUUGAUUCAUGGACUGGUCGUAUGCCUCAAUUAAUAGACGCAAAAUAUCCUAUGUCCAAACAAUUCACACCUUCUACUGUUAAUACGCUUUUGCAGCAAUUAGAAUCAGGAGUAAAUAUUGAUUUUAAUAUUGAUCCUUCAUCAGAUAAUUUUCAGAUUCAAUCAACAUUAAAUAAUGUAAAACGAUGUGUAUUUUGGGAUGCCGAGUCUAAAGGAACUUUAUCAUCCAACCAACAUAUUGCAAAUGUAUUCACUCGUCAUUCUCAUUUAAAAGUCUCUAGUCUCUCUACUUUUGAUGCAUAUAACAAUGGUGGUGUCACUACUACCAGUUUCUUAUUUGGGAACGAACUUACAGAUAUAUUACAUGACCUUAAAGUUGAUGCAGAGUAUAUCUCAAUCCAUGAUGCCACAUUAAUUGGCAAAUACGAUCUUUUGGCACCCGCUAAAGAAGGUGCUAUCGUUCUCCUUAAUACCAAUUGGACCACAGAUGAUUUAGAAACUAAGCUACCAAUUGAUUUCAGAUAUGAAGCUUUUCAGCGUAAGAUUAAACUAUAUUUAAUUGAUGCGAAUAAAGUAGUUCGGGAUUUAGGCUUGAAUGCUGAUGACCAUAUCAGUUUGAUAUUACAAAUAGCAUUUUUAAAGUUGACUAUUAACGAAGCUAAAUUUGACUGUGAUUUGGAAGAUGCCCUUUCAGAGCUUUAUGAUGGCAAUAAUGAAAAAGAACUUGGUCUUAUUCUUAAUUCAGCUGUUCAAGAAACCGAUAAAACACUUACUUUUGUUGAUCCUCCUCCAGCAUGGCAAAUUUUAGAAAAGUCUGAUCAUACCUUACCCUCUUUUGUUGACAAUAAUUCUUUCGGAAAAUCAAUUGAUCUUCAGUUAAAUGUUAAACCUAAACUUGGAUCUUGGCAUAAUGCCGUUCAUAAUUUAUUAUUUAAGGAGGCUUUUGGUUUCAAUAAUAUCCAACGACCUGACAUGGCGGAAAAAACUUUUGUUAUUACUGUUUCUGAAAACCGUCGACUUACACCUACAUCAUAUGAUCGUUACCUAUUUCAUAUUGAGUUUGAUACAACUGGAACUGACUUAAAAUAUGAUUUGGGUGAAGCUUUGGGUGUAUAUGGUCAUAAUGAUCCUAAAGAAGUUGAAGAAUUCUUGGAAUAUUAUGGAUUAAAUUCUAAUGAUCUUAUUUCAAUACCUAACAGAGAAGGUGAUAAAUUUGAAACAAAAACAAUACACCAAGUCUUUGUUCAAAUUCUUGAUAUAUUUGGUCGACCUGCUAAACGUUUUUAUGAAUCUUUGGCUCUUUAUGCUACUGAUGAGAAUGAAAAGAAACGAUUAUUAUGGAUUGCUAGUAGUGAAGGUUCUGCUGAAUUUAAACGUCGUGUUGCAGAUACAAUCACUUACGCUGAAUUAUUAUACGAAUUCUCAUCUGCUCGUCCACCUGUUGAAGACUUGGUUCAAAUGAUUGCACCUAUUAAACCACGUCAUUAUUCAAUUGCAUCCGCACAAAGUGUACACCCAAAUAGUGUACAUUUAUUAGUAGUUACUGUUGAUUGGGUAACAUCUACUGGUAAAAAACGAUUCGGUCAGUGUACACGAUAUCUUUCUGGUCUAAAAGUUGGUACUCGCGUUGUAGUUUCAAUAAAACCGUCAGUAAUGAAACUUCCACCACGAGAUACUCAACCUGUUAUCAUGGCAGGUUUGGGUACUGGAAUGGCACCAUUCCGAGCAUUCAUUGAGGAACGUGCUUAUCGAAAAUCACAAGGUAUAGAGGUUGGUCCUAUGAUUCUUUAUUUUGGAUCUCGUAAUCGAUCUAUGGAAUACUUGUACGGUGAAGAAUUAGAAGCUUAUCACGCAGAAGGAUUACUCACACAUCUCCGACUGGCAUUUUCUCGUGAUCAACCACAUAAAGUGUACAUUCAACAUAAGAGG